GAUUUCCGGCUCGAGCACGUGAAGCAGAUAAACAAUACGAUGCCUUCCGCCAGUCCAUCGCAAUACAUAUGCAGCCUUAUCGAGGAAAUGGACCACAAUGUUCUUCAACCACCAAUUCUGAUGGAGGAGUCACCAGAUCCCCCCAGCGACUGCCGACGCGGUGGCUACCAUCAGAAUACUCUGGACAUUGAGGAGAUUCUAUGUGAUUAUAACACUGAGUCGGAGUUGCCGAGACAAGGAAACUGUUAUCAAAACUCUACAGGAAGUAUGCCCUCUUUUCAUUCAUGGAACUAUUCUCAACUUCCUCAACGAAAUAUCAAUAUCACUAACUGUGCGCCGAAUACUAACAUACCAAGUGCACAGGCAAGUUAUGGGAACAUCGGAUAUGGACCGACUCUUGAUUCAUCUAAACAAGACACGAAUUGUUGUUUGAACUAUCAGAAUAAAAGUUUCCACUUUGACAGAGAACUCAGUGUUACAUCACAACUGUGUUCACAAUACGACCAGCGGCUACAGACAGGGGACCACAAAAUAGAACAGGAAGGCCAGUCUUGGAGCGGGAAAUCCCCUGAAAGUUGGAACGCAAAGCAUGUGCUGGAUUGGCUAUUUGAUGUAGCAGAGAAACAGCAGUUAGAUUGUUCGUUACUGCAUGCAGAAAACUUCAGAGGAGUAUCGGGAGCAGACCUGUGUAAAAUGGGAAUGGACGAGUUUCUACAAUUAGAGCCAAACUUUGGCGGACUUUUGUGUGAUCAAUUUAGAAAACUGCAGGAUGGAAUGGGUUACAAACAUCGUUUGGAUACCAGUACACCUAUGACAGACGGGACCGAUGAUUCCUGUUCUUCACCUCUCAGUCUUUCCUCCUCCCCUCCACACUUUCAAAUGGAAAACAUGUCCAGGAGUUACGACAGUUUACAAGAUUAUCAGUCGUGUAAUGAUCUCGGGAAGCUUGAAAGACAAGAAAACAUGUUUUACCCUCACCAGCAGCAGCCACAACAGCCGUACGCAUGCCCAAGGCUACCACUUCCUCAUCAUAUGCAGGCAAGGCAUUCAUUUCCCGGAGCAACUCCUUCUGUAUGUAACAUGAACGAACGCCAAUGUAUGUACCAACCAUAUUGUCCAACAACCCAAGGGGCCAACCAGUGCACUAUGCCUUGCGAGCUGACAUCAACGCCUAUUCCAAGACGGCGGCCAGGUAGACCAAGGAUCAAAAGCCUACCAACAGAUGAGGAAGCGCAGAAAGAGAAAAAAGCUAAGAAUCAACACCUGUGGGAAUUCAUCUAUGAGAUUCUGAUGAAUCCAUUAUAUAACCCUCAGUAUUUACGUUGGGAGAACCACAGGGAAGGCGUCUUUCGCUUCGUCCAAUCAGAGGCUGUGGCACAAUUGUGGGGCAGUUUGAAAAACAACGAAAACAUGACAUACGAAAAACUGAGCAGGGCAAUGAGACAUUACUACAAGAGAGGUAUCUUAGAGAGGGUAGAGGGACGAAGAUUGGUGUACAAAUUUACGAGUCUGGCUAUGGAACGUGUCCGAGAAAAGAAGUUAUCAUUAUAG